AUGGAACGAUCUUACCAACGCACACUAUUAUUGGGGAUAUUGUUCAAAUUCAUAGGGCGUUGCAAACUUAUAAAUUACUGGUUAUAUGAUGAAGUAAAACAAAUAUUAAAUUCUGAAACUCGAGAUAUUUAUAAUGAAACUAUUAGCAAACUACAUAAAGCAUGGACGCAUUAUAAUAAUAGUGCUAUCCAUAUAGCAGAACAAUACAAAUGCAAACCGGAAUCGAAUAUUCCUUCUAAGGAUGAUAUUGAAGAUAAAAAGAAGAUUCAUGAACAUUGUUUAAAUUACUACGAAAUCAGUAAGGAAGCAGAUAAUAAGGAUAAAUGUCAAGAAUAUAAAGCUUCCAUUAAAGAAUUGAACUUGCCAUACAAAAAAUUUGAUAGUUUAUUUUCUGAAGAUAAAAAAAAACAUUUAUCUUAUUAUAAUAAAUGUAAAUCUUAUAAUCCAGAAAAUAUUCCUGAUGGUUUAACUUGUCCCCAAGUAGUAAAAGAUCCAUCUCGUGAAGAAGAAGCUGUUCCAAAAGAACAUCACUCAGCUAAAGCCAAUCUAGAAGAAACUGAAGCUGAAGAAAGACUACCAUCUUUAGAUGUAGAGGGUGAACUAGGAAGAGGCACAUUAGAAGGAAAAGUAAGAGGAUACCAAGGAGAGGUACCAGCAGGAGUAGGGGAUAUACAGGAACAAGUAAGAGGAGACGAGAGACCGGGACAAAUAAGAGUAAGCGUAGAAGCAGAAGCACCUACAUCUAUGGGAAGAGAAAAACAAAAUUUAGCUACAGACUUAGAAGCAGGACAAAUACCUUUGCAUUCACAGAUGGAUGGGCAAACUGAUGAUGUUCCUAUUCCCACUGAACCUCCAGCUUCUAAUCCUAUGGUCAUGCCAGCAGGUUUAUCACUUUUUGGAAUAGCAUCUCUUUCUACCAUUUUGUACAAGGUAUGUAAAAAUUAA